AUAUUCUCGGAAACUCCGGCGAGCUUGACUUGACAAGACCAUACUUAUCUAUUCCAGACCCUGACGGAGGGUCCCAGGUGUUGAAUGGAUCCUCUUAGCAUCACCAGCGCCUCAGUCGCGCUGGCCGCCGCUGUCUACAAAUGCACGAUUGAAGUGAAAAAGAUCGUUGGCACGAUCGCCGACGCGGCCGACUCGCUCUCAGAUCUAGCCGAAGAGGCUCAAUUAAUUCAGGGAGCACUCCAGGGUGUUGAGGACGCCUUGCAGGACAAUCAAGAAGCAAUCUCGCGAUACAAGGUUGAAGAGGUUUUCUCAAUUGCAGUCAAGGGCUGUCGCGCGACUUUGGCGUGCAUCAAACAGGAGUUUGAGCUGCUUUUUAAUCGGAGUGACUGGAAAGCUCGAUUCAUGGUAUUAUGGAAGGAAGACGAUAUGAAAAAGCUGCUCGGGCGACUUGAUCGCAAACGAGAGAGUAUCUUGUUGUUGCUUCAACUUCUGAGCCUGAGCUCGGUACGAGAAGUUCAGGCGCUGGUCGCCAAGAAACAGAGUGCUUUGACAGUUGCGAAAGAGGAUAUAACGGCUCUCAUACCGACCUACUGGAGUUGCCGUGAUACGAUUCUUGACUCGCUUGACAAGGAAACAGUCGACAGCAUCUAUGCGGACUGGGAGAAUCGAGAGAGCAAGCUGAGUACAACCGAGUUUGACUUCGACUACGAACUCAUCAACACGCGGGCCUAUCGUCGAGCUCUUGCUCAAGCACAAGCCAAACGCAGCCGAGAGCUACCACGCAGAGAGCUUGACACCCCCGCCCGGGAACCUAACGCUGGGAUCAUAGAGCCAGUUGAGGACCUCAUUGACUUGACCUCUGAGCCGAGUCAACAAACUGCUUCGAUGCCAUUACAUAUGCCCCCCAAGUCGUACUCGGACCUAGCAGGUCUGCAGUUCAUGCCGAUAACUGCGGACGAAAGGUCAGCUAGCGCUGGAAGCCUCGAAACUUCUGAAACUGCCGAACCGAUAGAUAUGCGAGGGAUGACUGACCAUUUGAGAGAAUCCGACAUGUCUCCUGAGUCCAGAGAUAAGAGUCCACAAAAUCGGAUGCCUGGAAUCCGGCGGUGGCAUCAAACUACAACUAAGGAAGCAGUGACUGAAAUAAGACAAGACGAAACUCAACAUGAAGAGGCACUGACGGGUCGACUGGCACAAACGAUGUAUCGUAAUAGCAACAGUCUGUCCGCUGGACUGUCAAUAGCGCGUCAUCUACCCUCUUCCAAAUCGCACGACUCCUUAGACAUAGAGUACUUCGACGCUUUAAAAGGCCACAGUGGUCCCAGCGGUAAGCGUCGUCCUGGGGUUCGUGUACGAAUAACGCCUAGUAAGAGGAAGGGUGUUGUCACAAAACACCACCCUGAGGUUACAGAGACUAGCCCCGAUUCUCGUAUACCUUGGGAUGAGCUACUCGACGGUAGCCCUAUGGGAAGUUCCAGAGCCCCAAACAUUGGAGAUUCGAUUUUCCAAAAGGGCCCAGUCGAUAUUGAAAUUGAUCGCGGUCAUAGACGACGACGGGCGGCAAGUCCACCGCAGGCCACCAAGAUCGUGGAUGAGCUACCAAAAGUCAGAAUGAUGUCAGCCAAGAACGCGGGCGAUUCGAAAUAUGAACCCUAUGAUUCAGGAUAUAUACCCGACGAUGAUAUGAGACCUCGGAGUCGAAAUAUUGCCAGACGAUCACGCCCCAAAGCCAAACAAAGCCAGCGCAGCAAAAGCACCGAUUCCACCGAAGCCAACGCCGGGCCACCGCCAAAUAUAAACAACCCUAGGCUUCUCAAGACUGUCGAGGAUGCUAUACAAAGGCUGAUCCUACCUGAGCUCAAAGCACUGAAACGUGAGACAGCACAACGUAGGCGACCAUUCACUGGAGCAGAAGCUCGUGUUACAUCGGCUCUUGCUGAGUCAAAUGAAAAAGAGAAAGGAGGGGAAAACAAAAGGGAAGCAAGCUCUUUAUUACAUAGUUUAGAUAAGGGUGAGAGAAAUAGGAAUAGGUUCAAUAGAGAAUGGGAAAGGCGGGAAAGGAGUUGA